GGAAAGGAGAAAAGGAGGAGGGAGAGAGAAAGAGAGAGAGAGAGAGAGGAAGAGGACGACGACGACGAGAAAGCAAAGUAAGCCCGGUUUUUGGUUUUUGAUCCGAAGGAUCCCGCCAAUUUACAACCGAUCCACCGCCUAGGUGUCUUUUCAAAUUUGGCCGGUGAAUGGAGGGUGUAGGAGCAAGGCUCGGACGGUCGUCUACACGGUACGGGCCGGCGACAGUAUUCAGCGGCCCAGUAAGGAAGUGGAAGAAGAAGUGGGUACACGUGUCGUCAUCUAGUGCCACGAACCAUACUCCUCAGCCUAAUGGUACUAAUGGUAACAACGGCUCUCAUCUGCUCCUCUAUAAAUGGACACCCAUCACUCGGAGCAACAACAACAACAACGGAGACAAGAAUUCGGCCAAGGAUGACAAUACUGCUGCGGUUGCUCCACCAGAGGAGCCGCCUAAACGGAAGUUUCGAUACGUUCCGGAUCUCCUGAAAAUCAAAUGCAUUGUUUAUGUACAAAACUUCAGCAGCUAUUGUCCUUUGAUUGCUGUGCUAGAAGAGCAGAAAAUGGAGGCUGAUGAAAAGACUGAUGAGGAAACCAAACCAAGUGAUGCUGACCCAUCUGGAGGGGGAACCCCUAGGAGUGAUAGUUCCAAUGGAAAACCUGACAUUAACGAUGUGCCAAUGGAAGAAAAUCAGGCUUCAGAGAAGGAUCACUUGGCACCACAAGAUUUGAGCGAAACUAGUUUGGAUUUGAGCCUGGGUUUAAAAGCCCAUGAUGGUGAUCGUGACCCCAACUCCAAAACAGAAGAUCAGGGUAAAGAAGGGCAGCAGGAGAGAAUGGGUUCAGGUGGUGGUGGAGCCUAAGGGAUAUAACCCACUAAUUUGACUUCUAGGCUGCGACAAAACAGAAUGAAGAGAAUGAUCCAUUUGUGAAAACCUGAUUAGAACGGUUAAUCUUGUUCGCUUUCUUUUUCUCCCACAUUUUAAACUUAGGGGAGAGUAUUGAAAUUGCAUAUUCAUGAUUACCAAGUGCUAAUUUGAUGCUACCUUUCUUUGCGUCGUUGCAUAA